GAGAUAAGGCUUAUGAAAUUUGGGCUGGCCGCACAAGAAGAAAGUCUCUCUCCCUGAUUCAAUCAUAGGGGGUAAUGGAAACUAGCACCACUCAGAAUGGUAGUAGUGGUAUCAUGUGGUUCUUCAGGGAUAAGGGGUUUGAUGAUAAGAGUAUUAGUGAAAUGUUCAAGAAAUGUAAGCGGCUUGAGAAUAUGAAUAGGGAGAGUGCCUCUGAGAAUUGGGCUUAUUUGGAGAGUAUUGGGAUUCAGGAGAGGAAGCUACCUUCUGUUGUGUCAAAGUGCCCCAAGAUACUUACUUUAGGCCUCCAUGAGAAGCUUGUUCCUACUGUUGAGUGUCUCGCCACGCUUGGUACCAAACCGCGUGAAGUUGCGUCCGCCAUUGCCAAAUUCCCUCACAUUCUGUCGCAUAGUGUGGAAGAGAAGCUAUGUCCACUGUUGGCCUUCUUUGAGGCGUUGGGUGUUCCUCAGAAGCAACUAGGUAAAAUGAUUUUGCUCAAUCCUAGGCUCAUCAGUUACAGUAUUGACACAAAGCUGAAGGACAUUGUGGACUUUCUUGCUGAUCUUGGCCUUGCCAGAGACGGGAUGAUUGGCAAAGUACUGGUGAAGAACCCAUUUAUCAUGGGUUACAGUGUUGAUAAAAGACUGCGGCCUACUGCAGAGUUUUUGAAAUCCUUUGGUCUCACAGAGCAGGGUAUUCAGACAGUGGCAAUACACUUUCCAGAAGUUCUGUGUAGAGAUGUGGACAAGAUUUUGAGACCCAAUUUUGAUUUUUUAAAAAGAUCUGGAUUUGAAGAUGGGCAGAUAGCAGCUCUAGUGACUGGUUAUCCACCAAUUUUGAUCAAGAGCAUCCACAAUUCCUUAGAACCCAGAAUCAAGUUUUUGGUAGAGGUAAUGGGGAGACGAAUUGAUGAAGUCACUGACUAUCCUGACUUCUUUCGCCACGGUUUGAAGAAAAAAGUGGAGCGGCGACACAAACUUUUGAAACAGAAGACGACGACAGAUUGCAGCUUAAGUGAAAUGCUGGACUGUAAUCAAAAGAAGUUCCUCUUGAAGUUUGGUUUGGCUUGAAGAACAGGCCUAAGGUACUAUGUCUCUUUUAAAGUGUACUUCCGUAUUUGUUUUUCUUGUAUUGUAGCCUAGUGUGACAAUGUAUUUUCGAUACACUUCAAUGAAGUCUUCCCUUGAU